UUUUUUUUUAGUCUAGUACUUAUUCUAUUGGUCUUUUUUGCCAAACCGUUAAGUUACAGGGACAUAAACAUACCAUCACCGGUUGUCAAGUGGUAGUGGGGGGACAUACACAGACACAAAGAUAGACACACACAUAGAUAUAUACAUAUAUACAUACAACAGGCUUUUUUCAGUUCCUUAUUUCUUUAUUGCCCACAAGGGGCUAAACACAGAGGGGACAUACAAGGACAGACAAAGGGUUUAAGUAGAUUACAUCGACCCCAGUGUGUAACUGGUACUUAAUUUAUUGACCCCGAAAGGAUGAAAGGCAAAGUCAACCUCGGCGGAAUUUGAACUCUGAACGUAGCGGCGGACGAAAUACUGCUAAGCAUUUCGCCUGGCAUGCUAACGUUUCUGCCAGCUCGCUGACUUGUUUCUUUCAGUUUCUGUCUACCAAAUCUACUCACAAGGCUUUGGUCAGCCUGAAGCUAUAGUAGAAGACACUUGCACAAGGUGCCAUGCAGUGGGACUGAACCAGGAACCAUGUGGUUGGGAAGCAAGCUUCUUACCACACAGUCGUUAAUUUUAUAAGAGGAUAUUGCAGAGAGAUUUUUUUUUAAAGUCCUUUAUGUGUCAACCAAAAACUUAUGACAUAUCACUGAUGAUAUGAGUAUCAUGGGUUCACUGUCACUGUGCUAUGCUAUGGGAUCAUCUAAACUGUUAGGAAUAGCAGCCAAAUUUCUCUCAAACCACAACGUACAGUCUUAAAAAAGAGGCAAACGUUGGAAAACUUUACACUUGUUACAAUAUCAUUAUCAUCAUUUGAUGUGCACUUUUUCAUGCUUGUCUGUGUCAGAUGGAAUUUGUUGAGACAGAUUUUCUAACCCUAACCCUUCCUAUUGCCAACCCUCACCUGUUGCCAACCCUCACCUAUUGCCAAGCAAGGUAAUAUUUUUCUAUAGCUAGACAUGUUUUACAUGGAAAACUGGGAAUGAAUAACCUCGCUUGUAUGACUAUGAUGUUUAUUUACAACCAUCCCAUGAUGUGUAGAUAUGGAUAGAUAAACACAAGCACAGACAUACACUUACACACAUAAACAUACACACACACAAACAUGGAUAGAUAAAUAUACAAUCAUGCACACACACACACACACACAUACACACAAUUGUACAUACAUAUGAUGAGCUUUCAGUUUCUGUUUACCAAUUCCACUCACAAGGUUUUGGUCAGCCUGGAACUGUAAUAGAAGACACUUAUUCAAAGUGCCAUGCAGUGGAACCGAACCCAAAAUCAUGUGGUUGCAAAGGAAACAUCUUACCUACAUUAAUAUGUAAAAGUUAUGAUAUAUCGUUUAUACAAGAAAAAUAAAGGUCAUUAUUUUCAGUGGUUUGGCAUAAUGACCUUCAAGUGGUCAACAGUGGAUUGGUAUGCAAUGCAGCUAUGAGACAAACAUUAUCUCAAAUAUCUUGUUGAAAUGUCUGACUUCAAGGAAUGGUUGCUGGCCACAGGACACCAGUUUCUUAAAUGGUCUGACGAUGAAAGGAACCAAACUCUUGACCAUUUAAUCUCCAUCGGUAGUAGUUCCCAGUUAGUUUACCUAGCACAACUUUUACCAACAUUAAUAUAUCGAGAUUUUUUCAAAUUACUUCCAAGAGAAAUUUCUACCAUUAUUGCAACAUACCUUGAUGCUAAAUCUAUUCUUAAUUGUUUAUUAGUGAGUCGACAUUGGUAUCAGCUCCUUGACUCCCUGCCUGAAGUCUGGCGUCACUGUUGUUGGCAGCAUUAUAUCAAAGUUGACUCUGCACCACGUUCUGCUUCGUAUUAUAAGACGCUUUUUCUGAAAGUAACAUCAAAACAAUUGGAACCUCUAAAACAGUGUAAUAUGUACAGUGAGGAGUUCUUUAGGGGUCACUCAAACAGGAUUAUGGCUCUUCAUUAUCACGAUGGCAGAUUGGCUUCUGGUUCUGAUGACCAUUCUGUCACUAUAUGGCAAUAUCCGGGUGGCGAAAAGCUAAUAUUGCCUCAACACAAAUCAGUGAGUACUGUGAAAUUGAUGGAUAAAUUUGUUUAUAUGUCAUUUUUUGAUGGCAUCAUUCACAGCUGGGAAAUCUGUCUAGGCCCACAGUCACAGUUCAUUGGCCAUGUUUCAGCUGUAUACAGCAUUGAUGUUUGUGAAAGAUUAUCAAUUAUGGUCACUGGUUCUGUUGACUUAACAAUUAAAAUAUGGGACUUACAAUCAAGUCAGUUGUUAACAACAUUAAUGGGACAACAUCAAUAUUGGAUAAUUGAUACAAAAAUCAUUUCAUCAGAAGAACUCUCUUCGUAUACACUAAUUAGCAGUGAUAACAGAUUUUGUUAUAUCAGAAGAAUGAACUCAGAACAUGAACAAUCGCAUAUUGAAACUGUUUCCUGUCCAAAUUAUUCUAUUAUUCCUCAUCUGUUAGUUGAAAAUCAGAGUCUUUUAAAGAUCUGUUUCCAGUCUGAUGAUGGUGAAGAUACUUUAAUCAGGGUUUAUCAGUUUCAGUCAGAACUAAAUAUGGUUCAACAAUAUAAAAUAACUCAAACUGCAAAACCAAUUCAGCUACUUUUGGGGGUUGGCCAGAAAUUGGCUAUGGUAAUUUCUCGUGGAGACCAGUAUCAGACUCUUUCAAUAUUUGGACUGCAUACCAAUGAAGUGAUUCUGACAAAACCAUUGCCAGCGAUCAGACUAACCAAAACUGGAUCCUCAGUCACCUGUGGAUCUUCAAAAUGGCUGAAUGGCUUUGACUCCAGUCCUCCCUGUGGGUUACUUUUAGCUGCUGCUCUUGAAAAUAAUAGCAUAUACAUUCUCAGUUGGAAAGAAGAUUCCAGUAAACACUCAUCUAACAGAAAAUUAAGAGACAUUGAGUUUUUCAGCUGAAGGAAAUUAUAGUUUGUAGUAUUCUGAUAUUGGUUUCAUAUUAUGCCUGAGGUAGAAGGAUAUUUCUACAACCUCAUGGUAGCUGUUUCAGAUGAGACAGAAAGGCAGAAAGAUGGAAUAAGAGUGACACAGAUAAUUUGGAACUGUCAGUGACUGUGAUUUACCAUUUGUAAAAACAUUUCCAUAAGUUUGUCCUAAACAUCCAUGCUUGUUUCGUUUUUGUACUUGAGACUCAAAACAGAACUUGAAGAGAGGAGGCAUGUAAUUGGUGAGGCAACAAAUAGCAAUGAAAGGACUUUGACAAAAGUAAUUGUUUAACCAGCACAUUAAAUAAAUGGUUUCAUCCAUUUUUUUGCCUGUGGACACCCUUUUGAUUCCUAUCUCAUACUAAGCCCCCAUAACCAUUCAGUGGAUAUAUAAAAAAAAGAAUCCUUCUGUAUUUUUAUAAUUAAAUAUUAUUAUGAAUUGUAUAAAAAAAAUUAAAAUACUUUGUGUAUUGUAAAAGUAUAAGCAGUUUAUCGCACAUAAAUUUUAAGAAAAUAUCUUAUAUGGACCCCCAAGGGCCACAUGGGCCCCAGUUGAGAACCACUGAAUUAGUUGAUUAGAUAUCUAACCAACUGACUAACAAUAAAGAAGUGAUAUUGAA